AUGGCGCGCUCGCACAUCGCCGUGGCCCUGGGCGCUGCCCUUAUCGCCUCAUUGAUCAUCGCACAGCUCGUCAUCAACUUGGGGUUUCCUGCCGUCGACUUCUGGCACGGAAGGCUCGACAAUAGCUACAAUGGUGCCCAGCAGGACCGCUUCAACAGUGAGAAGCAGGAUGGCGGCCUGGCCGAUGACCCAUCUUCGUACCUCAUCGGCGUUGGCAAGGCGGACAUCACGGGUCCGGUUGUCGAGCUCAACAUGAUGGGCUAUGCCAACUCGUCGCAAAUUGGCUCCGGACUCCGCCAACGCCUCUACUCCCGCGCCUUCAUCGUUGGCAACCCGAGCGAAACCAGCGAACGAUUCGUGUACCUUGUCCUCGACACCCAGUCCGGAGACUCUGCCAUCCGCAACGGCAUCUUGGAGGGCCUCCAGGCCAUGGGCUCCGAGUACUCCGUCUAUGGAAAGAACAAUGUAGCUGUGACAGGCACCCACAGCCAUGCUGGGCCAGGAGCCUGGCUGAACUACCUUCUUCCCCAGAUCACAAGUCAGGGCUUCGAUAAGCAGAGCUACCAGGCUAUCGUCGACGGAACACUUCUAUCUAUCAGGAGGGCACACGAGAGUCUGACCCUAGGAACUGUCAGUGCUGGGACUGCGAAGAUUGCCGAUGCGAACAUCAACCGUAGUCUGUUCGCCUACCUGGCCAACCCACAGGCAGAACGCGAUCGCUAUACUGACAACGUGGACAAGACCAUGACACUCCUGAAGUUUACAAGAGCCAGUGAUGGAAAGAGCAUUGGAAUUCUGAAUUGGUUCCCUGUCCAUGGUACAAGUUUACUCGGCAACCAGACGCUCAUUGCUGGAGACAACAAGGGCGUGGCUGCCUACUUGCUGGAGAAGGACAUCGAGGCGGACGCUAGCAACUCAAAUGCUGCCGAGGGCUUCGUGGCGGGCUUCUCCCAAGCUAACGUCGGUGACACUACCCCCAACGUACUUGGCGCCUACUGUGAAGAUGGCUCGGGCCAACAGUGCCGACUCAAUGACAGCACCUGUGGAGGAAAGAGCCAGGACUGCCACGGCCGUGGACCAUACUUUGGUCUCGACGACGGAGGCCACAAGUCAUGCUACGAGAUCGGCAGGCGUCAGGCUCUGGGCGCCAGGAGCAUCUACGACUUCAAUGAGUUUACGCCUAUCUCUGGCAAGGUCCGCUCGUUCCACACCUUUGUCGACUUCUCCAAUUUUACCUUCACCCUCAGCAAUGGAUCCGUCGUUCACACUUGCCCAGCAGCAAUGGGCAACUCCUUUGCCGCUGGUACAUCUGAUGGGCCUGGCGCAUUCGACUUUGUUCAGAACGACCCUGGCGCGCCUUCGAAUCCUUUCUGGAAUAUAGUUGGCAGCGCCAUCGCACCUCCAAGCAAGGAGCAGAAGGAGUGCCAAUACCCGAAACCUGUCUUACUAAAUGUUGGACAGGCUAACAUACCGUACCCAUGGUCUCCAAAUAUUGUCGACAUCCAAGUUCUUCGUGUUGGCCAGCUAGUGAUCAUUGUCUCACCAGGUGAGGCUACGACCAUGUCUGGUCGCCGCUGGCGCGAGGCAGUACACAACUACAUUGUCUCCUCGAACAUUGCUUCGUCGCCAAUUGUCGUGCUAGGUGGACCAGCCAACAGCUACACUCAUUAUAUUGCGACAGAAGAAGAGUAUGGUAUCCAGCGAUAUGAGGGUGCAUCCACCUUGUAUGGUCAGCACACUUUGAACGCAUACAUCAACUCCACCUUGACGUACCUUCCCUACCUCGCCGACGAUGCAACAAGCUCUCCGCCACCUGGGCCUUCCCCUCCCGAUAACCGCGAUAAGAGCAUCUCCCUCAUUACUGGCGUCGUCUACGAUGGUGCAGGCUUUGGGCGUUCAUUUGGCCAAGUUACUAAAGACGUCCUACCCACCUAUGCCCGUGGCGCCACCGUAUCUGCUACAUUUGUCGGCGCCAACCCGCGUAAUAAUCUCCGUCUAGAAGGUACUUUUGCUUCAAUUGAGAAGCAGAACAGCGAUGGCACUUGGGUGCAAGUGAAGAAUGAUGAAGACUGGGAGCUGGUCUACCAAUGGAAGCGUGUCAACGGACUUACAGGGACGAGUGAUGUUACAAUCACAUGGGACACCAGUUUCACAAGACCAGAAGCAGGCACAUACAGGAUCCGGUACUACGGCGAUGCUAAGAAGGUCGGUGGAACGAUUACAGAGUUUGAGGGUUCGAGCGCAUCAUUCAAACUAACGUAA